AUGCCUCCAAUUAUGAUGAAAACUUUGUUGAGCGCAGCAGCAGCAGAAUUGGGAGGAACAACAAUAGGAGGAGGAGGAGAAACAAAUGAAUAUUCUUCUAAAAUGACAAAAUCUGCUACAGGCACUCAUAUUUCUCCAAUGAGCACUCAACUUCAUCACGGAGUUCAACAACCUUUCAAUCAACAGCAGCAACAACAAAUGGAAAAUUCACAAACAAUGUUUGGCCUUCUCCAACAAAACACUACAAACUCUAGCAACACUAGCAACAACAGUAGUAAUAGUAAUUUUCCGCGUGGUUCACGCAACAGACAAACAUUUCAUGGCAAAACUGAAUACAACAAGGGGAGUUGUAUUGGUUCUGGUGCCUUUACUGAAGACGAUGCGUCUGCAAUAGGAGCAAAUGAGUCUGAGAUUGAAGAAGCUAAUGCAUUAACAAUUGGACCAAUUCCUUCAUCAAGCGGUGGGGGAACAAUGCCUACUAGUCAGUAUCAUCAACAUCAACAACAACGUGGUUCCUUUCUUUCCAAAUUGACAAAAUUGACAAAAAGAAAAAUCACUUCCCUCUUCUCAAUUCUAAGGGGGACUGGACCAACAGAUCAUCAGUCGUCAAUAUAUGCACAACCACCACCACAAAUUCAUCAUCAACAAACUUCUCCAGUAAUACAAGCAACACAUCAACAACAACAGCAACACCCUCAACCACCUUUAAACACUACAAAUAAUAAACAUAAUCAACAUGCUGUUGGGAGAGCUGGAACAAUAGGUCCAUCCACGGGCGCAGCUUUAGCCGCCCAACAUCAACAAUUUUUGCAACAUCAACAGCAACAAGCUGCUUUUUCUGCUCCGAAUACUCCUAAUCAGGCCCAACAGCAACAACAACAACAAUGCCUCCAAAAAUUAUUUGAAACUGACGGACAAAAUAGUCCAAGCGGUGAAGCAAUUAGUGGUGGAGGAGAAGAAGUUAAACCGCGCUCUUUGCGUUUUACUUGGUCAAUGAAAACUACAAGUUCAUUGGCACCUGAUGAAAUUAUCAAAGAAAUCCGUAAGGUUUUGGACAAUAACGGGUGUGAAUAUGAACAAAGGGAACGAUAUUUGCUUCUUUGUAUGCAUGGGGAUCCACAAAAGGACACACUUGUUCAGUGGGAAAUGGAGGUAUGCAAGUUGCCUCGUCUUAGUUUGAAUGGAGUCAGAUUUAAGCGAAUUUCUGGAACAUCCAUUGGCUUUAAAAACAUUGCUUCAAAAAUCGCGCAAGAGUUGAACCUUUAA